GUCUUUCAUUUCCCGAUUGCUAAGAAUAACACCUGCUCAUUUUGCCUCAUCAUUUUCAUUCUAUUUCUCUCCUCUUCUUCUAAUCUCAGUCGGUUUCCGGUUACCGAUUCUCAUCGAGUUUCCAAUCUACUUCCCGGUGCUGUCACGUGAUUAACUGGCGAUCUCCGGUCACUCAGAUUGCUUCAUCUUCUUCUACUCCUCUUGAACGAUUCCAACCAAGAAUCGCAACUAUGGCUUCUGAGCAUCCUUACAAGGGAAUCUUCACCAGUCUACCCAAAUCAGGUGGUGGUGAAUUUGGAAAGUAUUACAGUCUUCCAGGCCUUAAUGAUCCAAGAGUUGAGAAGUUACCUUACUCCAUUCGGAUCCUAUUGGAGUCAGCCAUUCGCAACUGUGAUGGCUUUCAAGUCACAAAGGAUGAUGUUGAGAAAAUCAUUGACUGGGAAAACUCAGCACCUAAGCUAGUCGAAAUCCCCUUUAAGCCUGCUCGUGUCCUUUUACAGGAUUUCACUGGAGUGCCAGCGGUGGUUGAUUUGGCUGCAAUGAGGGAUGCCAUGAAGAACCUUAACAGUGACCCUAACAAGAUCAACCCAUUGGUUCCUGUGGAUCUUGUCAUUGAUCAUUCAGUUCAAGUUGAUGUAGCAAGGUCUGCAAACGCAGUCCAGGCAAAUAUGGAACUCGAGUUUAAGAGGAAUGGAGAGAGAUUUGGUUUCCUAAAAUGGGGAUCAACUGCUUUCCGUAACAUGCUUGUUGUUCCACCUGGUUCUGGAAUUGUGCACCAGGUCAAUCUGGAGUAUCUUGGACGGGUAGUUUUCAACAACGAGGGACUUCUUUAUCCCGAUAGUGUUGUUGGUACCGAUUCACACACAACCAUGAUUGAUGGGCUAGGUGUUGCUGGAUGGGGUGUUGGAGGAAUUGAAGCUGAGGCAACUAUGCUUGGCCAGCCCAUGAGCAUGGUUUUACCUGGUGUUGUUGGAUUCAAGAUGACUGGUAAACUACGCGAUGGUGUUACAGCCACAGAUCUGGUUUUGACAGCAACCCAAAUGUUGAGGAAGCAUGGUGUUGUUGGCAAGUUUGUAGAGUUUCAUGGAGAGGGAGUGGGUCAGUUGUCACUUGCUGACAGGGCUACUAUUGCCAACAUGUCUCCUGAAUAUGGAGCAACUAUGGGUUUCUUCCCUGUGGAUCAUGUUACUUUAGAGUACCUAAAAUUGACUGGAAGAAGUGAUGAGACUGUUGCUAUGAUUGAGCAAUAUUUACGGGCAAACAAAAUGUUUGUUGACUAUAGUGAGCCUCAACAAGAAAGAGUUUAUUCAUCAUAUCUUCAGUUGGAUUUAGCAGAUGUUGAGCCAUGCAUAUCAGGACCAAAACGGCCACAUGACCGCGUUCCCCUGAAGGAAAUGAAGGCUGAUUGGCAUGGGUGUCUUAACAAUAAAGUUGGUUUUAAGGGAUUUGCUAUUCCCAAAGAAGAGCAGGAUAAAGCUGUUAAAUUUUCAUUCAAUGGCCAGACUGCUGAACUGAAGCAUGGUAGUGUUGUUAUAGCUGCAAUAACAAGCUGCACAAACACAUCAAACCCAAGUGUUAUGUUGGGUGCUGCUUUGGUCGCAAAGAAAGCUACUGAGUUGGGUUUAGAGGUCAAGCCAUGGGUUAAAACCAGUCUGGCUCCUGGAUCUGGAGUAGUUACAAAAUAUCUGGAAAAGAGUGGUCUGCAGAAAUACUUGGAUCAACAGGGCUUCAGCAUUGUUGGUUAUGGUUGCACAACUUGUAUUGGAAACUCCGGUGAUCUACAUGAAUCUGUUUCUGCAGCUAUUUCUGAGAAUGAUAUUGUUGCGGCAGCUGUGCUUUCUGGUAACCGUAAUUUUGAAGGGCGUGUUCAUCCUUUGACACGAGCCAACUAUCUUGCUUCUCCUCCGUUGGUUGUUGCUUAUGCAUUGGCUGGAACUGUUGAUAUUGAUUUCGAUAAAGAACCUAUUGGUACUGGGAAGGAUGGGAAGAGUGUUUACUUCAGAGACAUUUGGCCCAGCAAUGAUGAGAUAGCUCAGGUUGUGCAAUCAAGCGUAUUGCCCGACAUGUUCAAAAGUACCUAUGAAGCUAUCACUAAGGGGAACCCCAUGUGGAACUCUCUUGAAGUUCCUGUUGGCACCCUCUAUAAGUGGGAUUCAAACUCCACAUACAUACAUGAACCCCCAUAUUUCAAGAAUAUGAGCUUGAAUCCACCUGGACCUUUUGGAGUAAAGGAUGCCUAUUGUCUUCUUAAUGUCGGUGACAGUAUAACUACCGAUCAUAUCUCACCGGCGGGGAGCAUCCACAAGGAUAGUCCUGCAGCCAAGUUUCUACUUGAACGUGGGGUUGAUCGCAAAGAUUUCAACUCAUAUGGUAGCCGUAGAGGCAAUGAUGAAGUGAUGGCAAGGGGUACCUUUGCAAACAUUCGCAUUGUAAACAAGCUCUUGAAUGGAGAAGUGGGUCCAAAAACAAUUCACAUUCCAACUGGGGAUAAGUUGUAUGUUUUUGAUGCUGCUAUGAGGUAUAAGGAGGCUGGUCAUGAAACCAUUGUCAUAGCCGGUGCUGAGUAUGGAAGUGGUAGCUCUAGGGAUUGGGCUGCAAAAGGUCCAAUGUUGCAGGGUGUGAAAGCAGUGAUCUCUAAGAGUUUUGAGAGGAUCCACCGAAGUAAUCUUGUAGGUAUGGGUGUUAUCCCUCUAUGUUUCAAGGCUGGUGAAGAUGCCGAAACAUUAGGACUAACCGGUCACGAGAGAUACACAAUUGACCUCCCUUCAAAAGUUAGCGAGAUUAGACCGGGACAAGAUGUCACUGUAAAAACUGACAAUGGAAAGUCCUUUGUUUGCACCCUCCGCUUUGACACAGAGGUUGAGCUCGCCUAUUUCGACCAUGGUGGAAUCCUUCCAUAUGUCAUUCGUCAAUUGAUGAAGCAAUAAUUUUUCAUCGAUUGAAAUAAGUUUUGGUGGUCAAGUUCGGUCUUCUCUUGCUCUCCUCUACCUUUCAGACAACAAAGAAUUUCCAAUCGGAAUUUUUUGUUAACAAGUGAGGACCUUGUGAUUUAAAAUUUCUUGUUUGUUUUAAGGUAAAUUUGUCAAAAAGUACUUUAGUUUACAUUCUUUUUGUGAAUUAUUUACCUCAAUUAAAUUAUUUUAUCAAAUAGCACAUUAAGCAUCAUUUUCAUUUGAAAA